AUGUCACAGAUGAAGAAGGAUUGGAAAGUUUCGAUAUCAACUUUAAAUUGUGGUAAGAUUUCCCCCUUAGAGAACUCUAUUAAUGUGGAACGAAUAAUCCAACAUUUAAUCCCAGCCCUUAAAAAAAAUAAGGAUGGUUCUCAUCUGAUUGCCGCUGAUAUAUAUGCUUUUGGAUUCCAAGAAUUAUCAAUGAUAUGGGAAGGGUCUUUACCUACAGUUAUGCAAUCAUAUAAUGAUAUUCUUUCAAAGACCAUUAUAAAAGUUCUAAAUGAGCGAUUUAGAAAAGAUAGUAUAGAAUAUAGCCUCGUUGGUUCUGAUUACGUUGGUGCUACGUCAUUAGUCGUUGUUUGUAGGAAUUCAUUACAUAUAGAGAAGGUAUGGAGAUCAAGGACUAAAUGUGGUAUGUUUGGCUCCAAUUUGAAAGGUGGCGUUGGAUUAGGAUUAGCAUUAUCCAGGGACGAAGAUGAAGGUGACAAUGAUACUUUCAUUUUUGUUUGUAGUCACUUGAAUGCAAAUGAGGGUUAUGAAAAUAUGCAGAAAAGAUGUGCUGAUUUUACAACGAUAAUCAAUAAUUGUGAUAGAGACUUUAAAGAGAUAUUGGAAUAUAAUAAAGAUGGGCAUUAUUUUUUUUUCGGUGAUAUGAAUUUUAGAGUUAACGGUUGGGAACAUAUCAACACUAAUUAUAAUGAUCUUAAUACGAUUGAGACACUUGCUACAAAGUAUGAUGAAUUACAAGAAGUAUUGAAGAGUGUUGAUUCGUUUAAACGGUUUGAUGAAGCUGAAAUUACUUUCCCUCCUACAUAUAAGUAUGAAAUUAUUGGAGAUAAGAAUAAGUUUAAUAAAAAGAGGUCACCUUCGUGGUGUGACAGAGUCUUGUUUAAAAAGUAUAAUGGUAAACCUCGUAUUAUAUCCUAUCAUUCUAUUGAAAGAACUCAAGAUCUACAAUUUACUGACCAUCAAGGUGUAAAUCUCACAAUAGAAGUGGGACAAUCUUCGACGAUAUCAUCUCCAUUACAGCAGUUACUCCAGAGUUUAGAAGCAACUGAGAGAGGGUCUAUAUCAGUGUUGGCUGAACAAACAAUCGAUACUAUUGAUUGGAUAGUAGGAUAUGUAGCAUGGUUCAUGCACUAUAAAGCGCAUUAUUGGAUAGGUGGGGCCAUAAUUUUAUUAAUUAUAUAUUAUUUAUUGUAG